UCCUCCAAAUAAACCUAGUUAGGGUUUUGUGUUAGUGUUUUGAGUUUCCAUAGCAUGGCUUAUGAAGAUGAACUCUUCAUCAUUACUCAGACUGCAGGUGAAGAUAAUUCACCAAAUUUAGUUGAUCCAGCCUUACAAUUGCCUCAUCAUAUUCUCCAUUACAUAUUUUCCUACCUUAGUUUUCAUGACCUGUUUCAUGUACGCCUUGUAAACAAAAAUUGGUAUCUUAACACACCAACAUACUUCAAAAUCCACUUCAAUGAAUGUCUUUUCCGCAAUAAAAAUCCAACUUAUUACUCACUUAACGAAUUCGAACUCCGGGAUUCAAUCCGUUCUUCUAUCGACACUAUUAAAAACAAGUUGAUCAAUGCUGAGAAAAGAGUGUUGCACGUUGAGUUUAUCAAUGGCGAACGCGUCCGCCAUUUAACGAAAUUGUUGGAGGAAUACAAUUUCCAUGAGGUCUAUUUUCGCACUACUGAAUAUGACUACAAGUUUCCCUAUAUUUUGCAGUCGAAAUGUCUUAAUGUUCUUCAUUUAAAUAAAGGUUAUCUUGAUAAGCAUGUGUUAUGUGAUGAAGUAGCAAUUCCCACUUUGAAAGAGUUGAAGUUGAAAUAUUUCAACUUAUCUGAAGAAACACUAUCUAAAUAUAUUCAUAAGUUCCCUAAUAUUAGAGUACUGAGUUUGGUCAAAUGUUAUCUUGAUAAGCAUGUGUUAUGUGAUGAAGAAGUAACAAUGCCCACUUUGAAAGAGUUGAAAUUGGAAUGGUUCAACUUAUCUGAAGAAACACUAUCUAAAUUUAUUCAUAAGUUCCCUAAUAUUAGAGUAUUGAGUAUGGUCAAAUGUUGGGGGAUAAACUCUAUAGUAUUAACUAACUUAGCUUGUUUGGAGAAGCUUUAUGUGAACGUUAGUGAUUCAUCUUCUUUUACAAACAUACAAGUUAUUGCCCCGAGGUUACAAGUCUUCCAUUUCAUUUUACGGAAUAAGUAUCCUGAAUUCAAAAACGUUGUUACCAUGGAUAUUCGUGCUUGCAAAAUGUUGCGGGAAUUUCACUUGAAUUGUACCAAAUUUCCUAAUGGUCUUGAUCCUCGAAAUCUCUGUUCAGAUUUUCCUCAUCUUGAAACUUUGUUACUUGGCCCUUGUUGGACAAGGAAGCCUAUCAAAACUUCGCUCAGAAAAUUGAUCUUAUCCAUCCCAAAGAUAUAUGAAUGUACAAGAAAAACUCUAGUUUCAUCUCCAAAUUUGUCUUAUUUCGAAUAUAAGGGUAUAACAUUUCAACCAUAUUUAGCUCCUUCAAAACUUUUGGAGACCAACUAUACUAUUGUAUUGGUUCCUAAAAUUCAUGAGAUCAUGAAAAGAGCUUGGUUCCUCAAAUGGAGAAGUCAUCUUGAGAAUUUUAGCAACCACAAUACAACAUUGGAGAUACGCAUUAAGACAAGUUUAUGUCAUCCUAGUAGCAAGCCAAGUGGACGAGCUCCAACACAGCCGCUACAUUAUAUCAAACACUUAAAGGUAGACAUGAACAAACUCAUAUAUCAAGAGGAACAUUUGAUGAGAUAUAUUAUUGAUAACUUACUUUGGAUGUCUCAUCCAAACACAUUGACUCUAUCAAUUCCCACUAGUUUUUCUCCAACUGCAAUUGGAGUAAUCAAGAAGUUGUAUGGUAGAAGGAAUCGCAAUUGUUGCUCAAGUACUCAUGACAAGUGUUGGCGCCAUUUCUUAAAAUAUUUUGAGGUUAAAGAAGAAGAAGAAGAAACAAAAAAACAUCCCGGUGCAUCAAGUUCUCUGUAUCCAUGGAAGGUCAAAGAAGACGAAAAGAUGUUGACAAAGCUCACUUUCAUAUUUUUUUGGAAACAAAAAAUCAAUAGUUAGGCCACUCCCUUGUUAGUUUUGUGGUUUUUUGCCUUUAUAGGAUGAAUAUUGGCCCGCAAUUAGCAUGGCUCAGAGCUUUAAUAAUUAUUUCUAUUGUCUUUUUGAUUGA